ACGUCGCAAGGGAAGGCACACAGGAAUUGGUAAGAGGAAGGGUACAGCCAAUGCCCGUAUGCCAGAGAAGCUGUCCUGGAUGCGUCGCAUGAGAAUCCUGCGUCGUCUUCUCCGUCGCUACAGGGAGUCCCAUAAGAUUGACAGGCACAUGUACCACAGCCUCUACCUUAAGGUGAAGGGUAACGUGUUCAAGAACAAGCGUAUCCUCAUGGAGCACAUCCACAAGCUGAAGGCAGACAAGGCCCGCAAGAAGCUUCUGUGUGACCAGGCUGAGGCCCGUCGUUCCAAGACAAAGGAGGCCCGUAAGCGCAGAGAGGAGCGCCUGGCAGCAAAGAAAGAGGAGAUCAUCAAGACCCUGUCAAAGGAGGAGGAGACCACCAAGAAGUAAACAGCUUCUUGUCCCUGGCAUGCACCUGUUGUACCUCGCUCUGUCCAGUGCUGACAAUAAAGUGUAUGAAAGACACAA